AUGCAGCGUGAGAACAAGACGUUCCUCGCGAGGCUCUGUGAGCAGGCCGAGCGCUACGAUGAAAUGGUCACAUUCAUGAAGGAAGUCGCCAACAUUGGCGGCGAGCUUACCGUGGAUGAGCGUAACCUGCUCUCCGUCGCGUACAAGAACGUGGUCGGCACCCGCCGUGCCUCGUGGCGCAUCAUCUCCUCCAUCGAGCAAAAGGAAGAGUCCAAGGGCUCGAGUGAGCACGUUGGCAUCAUCCGUGAUUACCGCCAGAAGAUUGAGACCGAGCUUGAGAAUGUGUGCCAGGAUGUGCUCGACGUUCUUGACGACGCUCUUAUCCCCAAGGCUGAGACUGGCGAGUCCAAGGUUUUCUACUACAAGAUGAAGGGUGACUACCACCGUUACCUGGCCGAGUUCGCCUCGGGUAACAAGCGCAAGACCGCUGCCACUGCCGCCCACGAGGCUUACAAGAACGCCACCGACGUUGCUCAGACCGACCUCACUCCCACGCACCCCAUCCGCCUUGGUCUCGCGCUGAACUUCUCCGUCUUCUACUACGAGAUUCUGAACUCUCCGGACCGCGCAUGCCACCUCGCCAAGCAGGCCUUCGAUGACGCUAUUGCGGAGCUGGACUCGCUCUCCGAGGAGAGCUACCGCGACAGCACCCUGAUCAUGCAGCUGCUGCGGGACAACUUGACCCUGUGGACCUCGUCGGAUGGAAACGAGGGCGAGGGUGCUGCCCCCAAGGAAGAGAAGCCCGAGGAGGAGGCCUCUGCCGCCGCACCCGCCGAGGAGAAGCCUGAGGAGGCCAAGCCGGCCGAGGCCGAGUCUUAA